AUGUCUAGCUUAAUUAAGACUUUCAGAUAUUGUAAAAUAGCUGGUCAUUAAUCCAAAAAAAUUACCAGAAUUUGUAUUUCAAAGUAAUCUUGCACAAAUAGAUAUUUAUGUGAAUUAUGCAUCAAAUAAUUAAAUCAUCAACAUAUUGAGCAUUGUAUAAGCAUCGAAUAAUUUUUGUAAAGAAUCAAUUAAAUAAAAAUGAAUUAUAUAGCAGCAAAUAAAAUUGAUGAGCUAUCUGGAAUACUAAAAAAUAAAAUAAAUUCUUGUAUUUAAAUAAUUCAAUAGCAAUUCUAAUAAUUAGAGGAUAAAGUUGAAAUAAUCAAGACUAACAUUAGAAAUAGUUUUACUAAUAUUACUUAGGUUUUAGAUUAAUUAAGUUCGAAUCCUCUAGGUUUUAAUGAUGAAAACUUAAAUAGAAAUUUAUAUUUUCUGUAAGAUGAAAGUUGGAAUGAAUUUUAAUAAUCUGUGAAUAAAGGUUCCCAUAUUCUGAAAUAGUAUUUUAAUGUUCUACAUGAAUAAUCAUUAAAAUUUAAAUUAACAUAAGGGCAUUCAUAUUAAGGAAGUAUUGUCUAAUUGUUAUAAACUGGCGAGAUUUCUUGGCAUUUAAAAGGAAUAGAUCAAGAAUUUGAGUCGCAACUUUCAAAUCGUUUAGAAAUUUCUAGAUUUAUUAUAUAUUAUUCUGCAUAGACUUAAGAACUGAUGUAUUAUAUUUUAUUAUAAUAUAUAUGAAGAAGGACAACUAAUAAAUAAUAAAGUUCAGGAAGGAUUUUGGUGCAUUAAAGUCAGAGAUA